AACGGGGCCUCAGGUGGGCGGAACUGGUCGGGAUGAGUGGCGGCGCGACAGAGACCCCUGCGGGUUGUGAGGCCGCCCUGAGCGGCGGCAACAAGAAGAGGGACUCGCUGGGGACCGCGUGCUCUGCGCACCUCAUUAUCAAGGAUCUUGGAGAAAUUCACUCAAGGCUUUUGGAUCACAGACCAGUUAUUCAAGGUGAAACUCGUUACUUUGUAAAAGAAUUUGAAGAAAAACGUGGUCUUCGAGAAAUGAGAGUUCUUGAAAAUUUGAAGAAUGUGAUCCAUGAAACAAAUGAACAUACUCUUCCCAAAUGCAGAGAAACAAUGCAGGACAACUUAAGCCAAGUUCUCCAGAGAUUGCAAGCAGCUAAUGACUCAGUCUGUAGACUCCAACAGAAGGAACAGGAAUGCAAAAAGAUUCAUAAUGACCAUUUAAUAGCUAAUGAGAAACAGCAUAAGCUCCAGUGGGAAGAUUUCAUGAAGGAACAACCCAACAAAAGGGCUGAAGUGGAUGAAGAGCACAGAAAAGCCAUGGAGAGACUUAAAGAACAAUAUGCUGAGAUGGAGAAGGACCUAGUAAAGUUUUCAACCUUCUAAGAACUUGAACCACAACAAUGUCAAACUAAUGAGAAAAUAUUCACCUCUCCAACACAUAUCCCACCAAACCAUAUAGCCUCUGCUUCAAGCUUAGCAAUAUAGUCAGUGGCACUCUUAAAUCAGAAGAAAGAAACUUCGCCUAGAGUUUUGAUGAAAUGUUAAUAGAAGAAGAGUGCUCCAUCUUUCCAGUUUUAAGUGCCUACAUACGAUUAUUUGAAUGGGUAGGAGUAAGAAGAAAAAAUAGGGUAAAUAUACUCUUUGUUAAUCAGAGUUGAUCUUCUUUUCCAUUGAUUAGCUCAGAGAACUAUAAGUAUAGACUUCUUAGAAAGAUAAUUCAUUUUUUAUGCAGGGUUAAUAUUAGUUUAUUAUUGUGGCUUAAAGGGCAGGUAUAGAAGCUACCUGUCAUAGCCCCCCUGGCUAUUGGAAGAAUGUGUAAAGUGUUAUUGCAUGAGUAAUGAAUACAAAAAGACCAGCUGUCCUUGGAACAGAGAUCACAUUUCAUGAGAGGUGAAAAUGAAAACAUUGUCUCUACUAUGACAAAAGUGGCCACCUUGGUCUUUGAACUGCCUCUUGGGAAAGGUUGGUCAUUUUGCAGUGCGGAAUAAUGCUGUGUGCUUCAGUGGAUGGCAGUACAUACAUGUUAAGUUUUGUGGCCUUCCAGCACUCAAUAUUUUUAGCUUUUAAAACAUGCUUAGAAGGAAAAGCUUACCAAAAAUAUAUUUUAUACUUUUAGUUUUUCUAAGAGCUGUGAUCUUGCCCAUAGUAUUUACCUCAUUUUUGUUUCUAUUUUGCUGUGGGUAAGCUUUAUAAGAUAAAUAAUGUCUAUACAUGUUUUGACUGUUUAAUGAAUAGUCAACAAAACCUACUAAGGCUUUUCUGUGGAAUAAUAUAAGGAUUCUGGCUCUGAAUGAACCAGAAAUGUUUGCCCACAUGGCAAAUAGUCCAUGUUAAAUGUAAAUUCUUUUUAGUGUUAAUGUCUGUUCCCAUAAACAGGUAUAUUAUGAUGAAACAUGUAUACCAAUUCUGUCAUCACUGUGAUCUUUAAAAAUCUGCACAUAACUAUCGAAGAACUACAUUGAUUUUCUUACUUGUCAUAAACCAAGCAAAAGUAAAUGCAGUAAUCUCUUUCAAGAGAUUUAUGGUAAAUGAAUUUGAGGUAUGGAUAAAUCUUUCAAAUUUUUUUAUUGCUCUUUAGUAAAGAAAGGCACAAGGAAAAAAAAUCCAACUCCCUUGUGUUAUCUCAGUAUUGCAACUGCAGAAAAUUGACAAUGCUUGCCUGUGUAAAUGUAUGGCUUACUGUCAAAGCUUCAUUCUUGGCUGCAUGUUGAAAAUGUGAUUAAAGUUAAUAGAGGAGAUGAAAUAAGUAUUUGAGAUUUCUUUCAAUAACACUGAACUUCUGCCAACUUUCUCUGUCCGCUACUGUAGGCUUGACAGGCUCAUCAAUCAUCCCUUGGUACCUGGACUAAAAAGAGCACUUGCUGACACCAAGGCAUGUUGGAAUUUUCUUAAUUCUCUUUCAGUGGAUGGAAAAAAAAAUACUUCCAAAAAUAUCCCACACAUGAAAAGGGAGGGGAGCCUUAAAUGAAAAUUCCCUUUGUACCGUAAGACACUUUCUGGAAUGCAAUUAAUUGCCAAAACACCAUUGAACAGAUGCUGUAACCAAGAAAUCAGGAUUGUGUCUGCGAGUGGGAAUAUGCUCUUAACUGUGGCUACCUAACUUGUACAGGAAAGAUUUCUAAUCAUUUUUGUUCAUCUCAUAUGAAUAAUAAAUGCUUGCCC